CCGAGUUGGUGCGACUGCGUCAAAGCGAGAGCAUGAGCAAGCAGAGCAAUCCGGCCAAGCGGGGCGGGUUCGCGUCCUCCUUUGCGACGUCCGGCGGGACGCUCAAGUUCCAGGGCUGCGCCCACUUUCGCCAGCGUUUGGUGUGUGCGACGCUUAGCGGCCGCCGCAUUCUCAUCCAAAACAUCCGCGCCGAGAGCGACGAGCCGGGCAUCACGGAGUUUGAAGCCAACUUUUUGCGGCUCCUCGACAACCUCACCAACGGCAGCCAGAUCGAAAUCAACGAAACCGGUACGUCGCUCAAGUACACGCCCGGCUUUAUCGUUGGCGGGACGAUCGACCACGACUGUGGCACGAAGCGCGCGAUCGGCUGGUUCCUCGAACCGCUUGUCGCGCUCGCGCCCUUUGCCAAGAAGCCGCUCGUUGCGACGCUGCGCGGUAUCACAAACGACGACGUGGAUGUCUCGGUCGACUCGUUCAAGGCGAUCACAUUGCCGCUGAUCAAGCACUUUGGCCUUGACGAAGGCCUCGAUUUCAAGGUCAAGAAGCGCGGUGCCCCGCCGCUCGGUGGCGGCGAAGUCAUCUUUCGCUGCCCGAUCGUGCGCCAGCUUCGGUCGGUGCACCUCAUCGACGACGGCUUUAUCAAGCGGAUCCGCGGCGUGGCCUACUGCACGCGCGUGUCGCCGCAGACCGCCAACCGCAUCGUCGACACGGGCCGUGGCAUCUUCAACAAGCUGCUGCCGGAUGUGUACAUUUACUCGGACCACUACAAGGGCGCCGAGUCGGGUCUUUCGCCUGGCUUUGGCCUCUCGCUCGUUGCCGAGACGACGACCGGUAUCGUGUUGGGGGCCGAAGCCGCGGCCACGAGUGGCAGUCUCCCCGAAGACGUGGCCAAGACCGCGUCGCACUUGCUCUGCGAAGAGAUUCAAAAGGGCGGCUGCGUCGACACGACCAACCAGUGCCUCACGCUCCUCCUCAUGACGCUGUCGCCCGAAGACGUAUCGAAAGUUCGCUUUGGCAAGCUCACGCCGCACAGCAUUCAAUUCCUGCGUCAUUUGCGCGACUUCUUCGGUGUCACGUUCAAGAUCAAGGCCGAGAACGAGACCAAGACCGUGCUGCUCUCGUGCCUGGGCCUGGGCUUCAAAAAUUUGUCGAAAAAAGUUACUUAAACCCACUACAAUAUAUACAACCGACCACACGCACACAA